UUUUAAUAGAACUUUAUGUUUGCCUUUUAAAGUUUAUUGGUUAUUCCUUAAUGCAAUGCCUUGGAAUUUCUUUUGUAAUUUUUUCGUCCAUUAAAUAUUUCAUGGUAUGUAAGCAAAUGCUAAACUAAGGGCUACUUGAAGGGAUAUUGUGAUUACUUAGUAAGGAGAAUAAUUUCACCUUGUUUUAUUUGUUGAUUAGGUUUUAUUGUGAAAUCGUUUAAUUUUGUGCCUGGCUCCACCCUUAAGGUCCCCGCCCCAUACUGGUAAUUUAGUACUCAAGUGGCGUGGUCAAGAGGCCCCCUCUUACCUAAGCAGUUUGAAGCCUUCCACUCUCCCAGAUCCCAGAGCUUUUGCUUUGUUUUCCUUCUAAUCUAAAUCCCAGCAUUCUUCAAUACCUGGCAAAUGCCUUUUCUCUUUCAGGAAGCCAUCUGACCACCUUUAUUUCUAUAUGUUUUGAAGCCCAAGUGCCAGAGCUUAUUUGGGAAAUUGAUGUUCUUUGGUUUCAAAAAACACAGAAUCUAGAGGAGACAGAGAAAUACAGUAACAAAAGAGUACUCAGUACUUAUACCAGGGGCAUACAGGGCCUGUAGGAACACAGAGGAGGCUCCUAACUAGCAGAGUGGGUGGUGGGGCCUGUUGAGGUCAUUUCAGUACCCAUGAGUCUUGAGUCCCCAGCUAGACUGGGCAAUUCUUAGAGGAGGGUGGGGAUGCCAACAUGAGAAACACGUUGGCCUGUUCUUUGCUCAGAGAUAAGUCUGGUUAUGUCCUUAGUGGGGCUGAAGUGAAAUUACUGAGCCUAGAUUAUGAGCCUACCUUCUUACCCUUCCCUCAGCAUCUGCCCUACUGGGCUAAUUACUAAUACUCUUUUUUCCCCCAAGAUGAAAUGUGGCAACUGUGGUGAGAUUUCAGAGAAGUGGCAAUACAUUCGGCUGAUGGACAGUGUGGCACUGAAGGGAGGCCGUGGCAGUGCCUCCAUGGUCCAGAAGUGUAAGCUGUGCUCAAGGGAAAACUCCAUCGAGAUUUUGAGCAGCACCAUCAAAUCUUACAACGCUGAAGACAAUGAGAAGUUCAAGACAAUAGUAGAAUUUGAGUGCCGGGGCCUCGAACCAGUUGAUUUCCAGCCCCAGGCUGGGUUUGCCGCUGAGGGCGUGGAAUCGGGGACAAUCUUCAGUGACAUUAAUCUGCAGGAGAAGGACUGGACUGAAUAUGAUGAAAAGGCUCAGGAGUCUGUGGGAAUCUACGAGGUGACCCACCAGUUUGUGAAGUGCUGAACCCUCUUCCUGCACACUUGCCUCUAAGAACUGAGAAGGGACAAUGUGCCCCAAGCAGCAGAGCCCACUGAGGCUCAUCCCCUCAUCCCUUGUUUCCUGGCAGCUCUCCAAGCCCUCAGUCUGCAUGCUGGGCUCUGUCACAGCUUCCAGGCCCCACCAAUAAAGCCCCCGUUUGUGCUGUACUUGUACACGAAGGUAGUCAGGUAGCAGCCACUCCCUCCACAAAUAAGAAUUCAUGUUGGAGGUCUUACUGCUUCCUGACACCUUCCCACAAUAAGAAUCUUACACUUGA